AUGGUGGACAUGGGCAUCUCAGUGAAUGUGAUGUACAGAGCUUGCUUUGAUCAGAUAAGAUCGGGACUGAAACAAUUAGGCUUAUCCUCAGAGCCACUCUAUGGGUUCACUGGAGAUACGAUGGUCCCCGUUAGGAGGAUUAGUCUCCCUUUUACCAUUGGAGAUAUAGAUCGCCAACCCACCACAUUAGCUGAAUUCCUUAUAGUAAACUGCCUGGCAUACAACAUCGUGCUUGGGAGACCGGCAAUGAAUGAUCUGGAUCUGGUCACCUCGAUCAGGUCGCUGACUAUCAAGUUCCUAACCUCCAACGGAGUAGGGUGUGUACGAGGUGAGCAGCACCUUGCAAGGCGUUGUUACGAAGAUGCUAUAAAAAUGGGGGCCAAAGGGAAUAAGGUGAACAUUGUUAUAGGCAGCGACCCACGACCUCCCAGCCAGAAGAGAGUCAGCUAUGAUCUGGAUCCCUGCGAGGUGGACUGUGACAGGGCCACCGGCCCAGUGGAAGAGCUCAAGGACAUCUCAGUCAGCGAGAUGGAUGAAGAAAUAUGCCUCAAGCCGGGGAGGAAUCUAGCUCCUGAGGAUAUGGUAGGAAUAGGAAUAGCCCCAGAGGUUGUGUCGCAUAAGCUUAAUGUAGACCACAGCUACAAACCAAUGCAUCAAAAGAGGAGGGCGAUGACUUUUGAGCACUACGCCGCUCUUAAAGAAAAAGUGGACAAGCUCCUGACAAGCAAGUUCAUUAGAGAAGCCCAUUACCCGACUUGGGAUAGCUUUCCUCUCCCUAGAAUCGAUCAGCUCGUGGAUGCAACGGCUGGUCACCAGCUCCUCAGCUUUAUGGAUGCUCAUUUGGGCUACAAUCAAAUCCCCAUGAACCCCGACGACGAUGAGCAUACCUCGUUUAUUACUGACCGGGGGAUUUAUUGUUACAAGAUGAUGCCCUUUGGCCUGAAGAAUGAUGGGGCGACAUAUCAGAGGCUAGUGACACAUGAUGUUUAA